UUUGUUCCCACGGAGCCUUCAGUUCGACAGUACUAGACUACUAGUCAACUGGUCGUCGAGGGUUCGUACCAUCGAUAUGGCUACUUUUCUGGCUUUUCGCGCAGCAGCCAAAAGGAUCUGCUUCAGCCCCUCUCAUCGAAUUCUCAGCUAUCCACCUACAUGUCGCCUGCAUGCUUCAGUAAUCAUUUACUCUAGAUACAAUAAACUCAAGAACGAAAAGAUACCAUUUGCUGAAGUGCAUCUUGUGGAAGACAGCGGACAGCUCGUAAAGAUUGCCUUGCGGGAUCUUCUAGCGAAAGUUGACAAGGAAGUAUCCUACGUCGAGCUGCAGGCGGCCGAACCGCUUGCUGUGGUGAAGAUAAUCGACAAGAAGGAAGCAGCAGCCCGUCGAAAACAGGCGAAAGAGCAGCAAAAAAUGAACGCGAAAAAGAAUGUAAAGAAGGAGUUUCAGUUUACGUGGGGCAUGGCUAUAGGCGAUCUGGAGCACAAACUUGACAGGGCGAAGGCUGAGUUGAAGAGGGGAUCCAGAGUAGAUUUGGUCUUCGCGCCAAAAUCCGGACAAAAGUCACCACCAAUGGCACAGAUGCGCGAAAGAAUGCAGCUUAUUGCGGAUAAAGUGGCGGACGUAGGCGUAGAGUGGAAAAGCAGAGAGUUGAGCAGAGGCAUCGGUGCACUCUUUGUGCAGAGUUUAGGUUUACAAUGUGAAGAGGAAGGGAGCGCAGAAUGAUUAAUAGUCAUCGUUAAUAUUACAUUGCUACUUUU